AUGAGUUUUUCCACCACAGCAGAAGUCCAGCCCCGCUACCACCAACUUUUCACCGAGUUGGAGAACCGCUUCAAAACCACCAGUCUGGGCAAAGACAAAUGGUAUAUCCUAGCCAUUACCACACUAGUCGCUAGUCCAGAUCCUGAACGGGCAGACCAGCUCUACCUCCACCUCACCCAGCAAGCAGACUAUGCAACCUCCGCAGCCCGGCAAGCCUUGGUCCGGCGGCUGCGCGAAGCGCUCGUCAAAUCCGUGCCUAUAGUCGGAGUAUGUAAGCCCAUCGAGGCAAUCUUGGCCAUUAGUGAGGUCGAACGCGACGAGGACAAGGAUUACACCUUCACCCGCGAGGGAUGGCAAUGCGACCAGGCCAAUCACGAGCGCGGCACGGGGUGGCUGCAAAAGCUGUACGCGCGCAACACGACAGGCACGCUGGAUUUGUUCGAUGCACACAAGGACUUUUCUUGGAUCUCCAAAGAGAUUACUUACGGAUUGUUUUUGUCCGAUCGUCAGGUCUUGGAUGAUCUUGAUACUCAGCUUGUUGUGCUGCCGGGCAUCAUGAGUCAGAAUCUUCCGAAGGAAACACAUUGGCAUAUUCGCGGCACGAGACGAAUCGGUGUUCCCCAGGAGGAGGUCAAGGUCAUCUGGGAUUGUGUGCAGCUCGUCGCUCAGUUCUUUGAUGUUAAGCUUCAUAAAGUGCCAACCGUUGAAGCGGUCGAGUAUGAUGUUUAG